UUACGUGUGGAACACACGAGCCAAUCUCAAAACAUAUGGCCAACAUAAUCAUUCACUUAAUUAAAUAAAAUCAAAAACCAGACUCAUCUUCAAACUUCAAUCAAAUUCCAUCCAUGGCUUCUCUCCUAACAAACAACAUCUCCCGGUUUUCUCCACAACCCAGUUCCGAUUCAACCAAACCACACAGACCCUUUUCAUUUUCACUCAAACCGGCUCCAAAACCGUCAAGUUUGGUUAGAAUCCGAGCCGAUGUCGGGUUUGAACCCAAGACCCGAACUCCAGACUCAGGUAAUACAGCAUCAAUUUCAACUAGCUCUGAUGAUAAAAUUCGUGAGAUUCUCCGUAAUCGUGACUAUGAUAAGAAAUUUGGGUUCACUAUAGAUAUUGAUUCGUUUUCAAUCCCUAAGGGGCUUUCUGAAGAUACAAUCAGGUCAAUUUCUUUGCUUAAAGAAGAACCUGAUUGGAUGCUUGAGUUUAGGUUAAAUGCUUUUGAGAAGUUUUUGAAGUUAAAAGAGCCUAACUGGUCUGAUAAUCGAUACCCACCCAUUAAUUUUCAAGAUAUGUGUUAUUAUUCUGCUCCUAAAAAGAAACCAACUUUGAAUAGUCUCGACGAGGCCGACCCAGAAUUACUUAAGUAUUUUGAUAGGCUUGGUGUUCCUUUGAAUGAGAAGAAUAGGUUAGCUAAUGUUGCUGUUGAUGCUGUGCUUGAUAGUGUUUCGAUAGCUACGACUCAUAGGAAGACGUUGGAGAAAUCGGGUGUUAUAUUUUGCUCUAUUUCUGAGGCGAUUAAGGAGUAUCCUGAUUUGGUUAGGAAGUAUUUGGGGAGAGUUGUUCCUAGUGAGGAUAAUUAUUAUGCUGCUUUGAAUUCGGCUGUUUUUAGUGAUGGAUCGUUUUGUUAUAUACCAAAGGAUACCAAGUGUCCAAUGCAGAUUUCUACGUAUUUUAGGAUUAAUGCUAUGGAAACGGGUCAGUUUGAGAGGACUUUGAUUGUUGCUGAUGAUAGGAGCUUUGUGGAGUAUUUAGAAGGGUGUACUGCACCGUCUUAUGAUACGAAUCAGCUUCAUGCAGCUGUGGUUGAGUUGUAUUGUGCUGAGGCUGCAGAGAUUAAGUAUUCGACGGUGCAGAAUUGGUAUGCUGGUGAUGAGGAAGGAAAGGGUGGGAUUUACAAUUUUGUUACAAAGCGGGGGCUUUGUGCUGGAAAUAAGUCUAAGAUAUCAUGGACUCAGGUCGAGACAGGUUCUGCCAUUACUUGGAAGUACCCUAGUGUUGUAUUAGAAGGGGAUGAUACUGUGGGAGAGUUCUAUUCUGUUGCUUUGACUAAUAAUUAUCAGCAAGCGGAUACAGGAACAAAAAUGAUACAUAAAGGAAAAAAUACUAGAAGUCGUAUUAUUUCAAAGGGUAUAUCAGCUGGGAAUUCUAGGAACUGUUACAGGGGCCUUGUUCAGGUUCAAUCAAAGGCAGAGAAUGCUCGCAACUCAUCACAAUGCGACUCAAUGCUUAUUGGUGAUACUGCAGCAGCCAAUACCUAUCCGUAUAUUCAGGUUAAGAACCCCACAGCUCGAGUGGAACAUGAAGCCAGCACUUCUAAAAUUGGAGAAGAUCAGCUAUUUUACUUUCAGCAGAGAGGAAUAGACUACGAAAAGGCAAUGGCCGCCAUGAUUUCUGGAUUUUGCCAAGACGUGUUCAAUGAACUUCCUGAUGAAUUUGGUUCAGAGGUGAACCAGCUGAUGAGCUUAAAGCUUGAGGGAUCCGUCGGUUAAGCUCUAGUGAGAUUUAGCCAAAAAUCCUUUGGUUUUUAAUAUCUUUUUUUUGCUGAUAAGUUAAUGACUCGAGAAAAUUUGUAUGGUUUCAUUUGUAAAUGCACCGCGCAGAGCUGUAUACUUGGUAGUUCCUAAGUAAGUGAUGAACCACCUGCAACCUUUUUAUUAAUGUAGGAAAUCAUAUGUAACAUAUAAUAAGUGAUGAUUGAUGUAUGAAUUUGAUGCCACUUACUUAUUCCUGCAAGUUCAAGGCUGUGCUUAUGAAUGAAUAUGAAGUGAAAGACCAACUUGUGAA